GUGAGUGUGUGUGUGUUGUGUGCGCGCACACUUUAAUUGGUUUCCCAGAGAAAGCAAGCUAGCUAGCCAACAGCCAUGGCAUGGAAGCUGCGCGAUAUCUCACUCCUCCUACUAGUCUCCGUUUUCUUCCUCCCAUCACCAAUCUCAUCCCAAAAGCACCAUCCCCGCCGCCGCCGCCACCCCUUAGACUCACUAAGCGAAUCGGAGCUCUCCCACGUUCAAAGCCUUAUAAAAUCGAAGUACCCCACCUCCUCCCACAACCUAACCUUUCAUUAUGUAGGAGUGGAUGAGCCAGACAAGGCCACAAUCCUCUCCUCAUGGCUCUCAAAGCCCGGUGCCACCGAUCUACCCCCACCGCGCCGAGCCCUUGUCCACGUGCGAGUCAACUGCCGCUCCCGCGAACUCGUAGUAGAGCUGCAGCCCACUCGUAGCAUCGUGUCUGACAAAGUCCAUGACGGGGACGGGUACCCGAUCCUCACCCUGGAGGAGCAGGAGGCGGCAGGGCAGGAAACGGUGAACUACCCGCCAUUCAUGGCGUCGAUUAGGAAGAGGGGUUUGGAUAUUUCCCAAGUAGUGUGCUCAACUUCAAGCGUGGGGUGGUUUGGAGAGAAGAAGAGUAGGAGGGUGAUCAGAAUGGUGUGCUUUUAUAGGAAUGGUACGGUGAAUGUAUACAUGAGGCCAAUAGAGGGAAUAACGGUGGUGUUUGAUUUGGACGAGAUGAAAAUAACAAAGUACAAGGACUCGGAGACGGUGCCAUUGCCCAAGGCGGAAGGGACGGAGUACCAAGCGGCGAAGCAAGCGCCGCCGUUUGGGCCGCACCCUGGUGGCGUGACGGUGGUGCAAUCGGAUGGGCCAGGGUUCAGGGUUGACGACGGCACUAUCAGAUGGGCCAAUUGGGAGUUUCAUCUGAGCUUUGAUGUUCGAGCUGGCCCAAUCAUAUCGCUAGCAUCUAUUUACGAUGUGGAAAAGCAGAAGUAUCGACAGGUGAUGUACAAAGGACACGUGUCAGAGUUGUUCGUGCCGUACAUGGACACGACCGAAGAAUGGUACUUUCGGUCAUAUUUCGAUGUGGGAGAAUUCGGGCUUGGGUUAUGCGCCGUUGAGAUGGAGCCUUUGGCCGAUUGCCCUGCCAAUGCGGUGUUCAUGGACCACUACUAUGCAGCCCAGGAUGGGAAGCCCACUAAAAUAUCCAAUGUUUUCUGCAUCUUCGAGCGCCAAGCCGGCAACAUUCUAUGGCGUCACAUUGAGACGCUUAUCCCUAGACAAACUAUAAGGGAGGUUAGGGCUGAGAUUAGCCUAGUGGUAAGGAUGAUUGCAACGGUUGGCAACUAUGAUUACGUGAUUGAUUGGGAAUUUAAACCUUGCGGAACCAUCAAAUUCGAGGUAGGACUAACUGGACUACUAGAAGUGAAGGCAUCCUCCUAUCAGCACGUAAAUGAUAUUGAGACGGCACAGAGAUAUCCCCAGGGCACCCUCUUAGCAGAAAAUUCCAUAGCCAUUUUUCACGACCACUUCCUCACCUACCGCCUCGACCUCGACGUCGACGGCCAGCCCAACUCCUUCGUCAAAUCCAAGCUCCAGAGGCGCCGGGUCGACCCACCCACCGCCUCUCCCAGAAAGAGCUUCUGGAGCGUCGUCAGCGAGACCGCUAAGACGGAGUCGGAUGCCAGGGUUCUAAUCGGGUCGGAUCCGGUUGAACUCCUGAUAUUGAAUCCCAAUAAGAGGACCCGGGUGGGAAACCCGGUGGGGUACCGGCUGAUGCCGGGUGCGACGGUGGCGUCUCCACUCUUGUGGGAGGACGAUUACCCUCAAAUCCGUGGGGCAUUCACCAACAAUCACGUGUGGGUCACCCCAUACAAUAAGUCGGAAAAAUGGGCGGGAGGGGUGUUUGUGGAUCAGAGCCGGGGCGACGAUACCCUUGCCGUCUGGAGCUCCAGAAAUCGAGAGAUAGAGAAUAGGGAUAUCGUGUUGUGGGUGACGGUGGGACUUCAUCACAUCCCUUACCAAGAAGAUUUUCCGAUCAUGCCAACAAUAAGAGGCGGAUUCGAGCUCCGGCCGACGAAUUUCUUUGAGAGAAAUCCGGUGCUCAAAGCCAAGAAGCCGGCUGUGCAUUGGCCCAAUUGCACCUUCAACCUCAAACCUUAGUUACCUAAGUUUUAGAGAAUUAAAGUUCCAAGUGUAUACUUUCUGAGUGCUAGUGCAACUACUGGGAGUAGGGAUUUUAAUUUUGUAAUGCAAGUUCAACAAAUGCAUAUGCAUAAUGUGUCUACAGUUGGAAUAAGAUGGCGGCAAGUUGUAUUUUUAGGAAAA